AUGGCUCUGGCACGAACCAUCUACACGAUGAUCAGCAUGUCAGCCAAAUCUACGCUAUUGUUGACAGUCGGCAUCCUUCUAUCUCUACAGGCUGAAGCAACAUUGGCUCCGAACUGCAGCAGUGAAUGCAUCGAAGAGGUGACCGUGGAGUACUACAAUGACACACUUGGCGGCAUCAUGGAUGGUGGAGGGCUAAGGAUUGAGAUGGCUUCAACGGUCUUUUUAACAAAUUUAGACUGCCUCAUUUUCUCUCUCCCAUCUCCUCGUAUGUUUCACAUUUACUUUCACCUCAAUGAUCGACCUUACUCCUCUACUAGUAUCUCUACUCUGCCUCCUGUCCUUCAGGCCAAGGGUGGAUUUUGCAUAGACCCGCAGAAGCGCUUUGUUUACCAACCGAAUGGAUUAAAGUGGUGA